AUGGAUUCACCUGGAAAUGACAAGGGCAAGGACUCUCUAACAAGGUUACACACAGUAACACUCACCAAUGGGGUGGAUUCAUCCAAAGAGGGAGAGACCAGUCCUUUUUGCUCUAAAGAACAGGCAAAGCAAAGCAUCGAUGGGCCCAUUGUGUCUGCCUUUAAACAAGCAAAAUUGGAAAAGGAAGCCCAGAAGAACUGGGACCUGUUUUAUAAAAGAAAUAGUACCAAUUUCUUCAAAGACAGACACUGGACCACCAGAGAGUUUGAGGAACUGAGGGCUUGUCGAGAGUUUGAUGAUCAGAAGUUAACUAUCCUUGAAGCUGGCUGUGGGGUUGGAAACUGCUUAUUUCCCCUUCUAGAAGAAGAUCUCAAUAUCUUUGCUUAUGCCUGUGAUUUCUCACCCCGAGCCAUUGACUAUGUUAAGCAAAACUCUCUGUAUGAUACAUCAAAGUGUAAGGCAUUCUGUUGCGAUCUGACCCAAGAUGAUCUCCUGGAACACGUCCCAGCAGCCUCCAUUGAUGUUGUCACCUUGAUAUUUGUGCUUUCCGCUGUUCACCCUGACAAGAUGCACCUGGUCUUGCAAAAUGUUUACAAGGUAUUAAAACCAGGGAAAUGUGUCUUGUUUCGCGACUAUGGGCUGAAUGAUCACGCAAUGCUUCGGUUUAAAGCUGGCAACAGAUUGGGAGAAAACUUUUAUGUCCGGCAAGAUGGAACCAGGGCCUAUUUCUUUACUGAUGUGUUCCUGGCUCAGCUCUUCCAGGCAGCAGGUUUUGAAGAAGUGGUCAAUGAAUAUGUGCUUCGAGAAACUGUGAAUAAGAAGGAGGGUCUGUGUGUACCAAGAGUUUUUCUUCAGAGCAAAUUUCGGAAGCCUCCAAGGACACCUUGAGUCUCACCACUGUGAUCACAUGCCUUAACCUUCACAGAAUAAUGCCAUAUGGCACAAAGGGGCACUUUUAGGCUCCAUCUUCGCUCUGAUAUACAUGCAUUUUGUCACAAUUUAGGAAUUUAAUUCUUCAGGGGAUCCACUAUCUUACAAAUGAGGAUCUUUCCUCUAAUGGUUCGGAGCACAGACCAUCCUCACCUUCUUGUCAUGUCCUCCCUACAUCCUUCAUGGGUGGUCCCUGCCCCAUAGUAGAGGCCGCCUUCUGGUCAGCAGUUCUUACCCUGCAUCUGUGACUUUUUCUCAGUAAUAGUUCAGUAAGUGUCUCAGCACAACUGGUCUCCUUCAUAACCUUAUGCAUCUUCCUUUAUGUAUUUAAAAUCAUGAUUCUGAGAAUAGGCAUCUAGAUUUUGUCAGACUCCCAAAGGGGCCUGAGACACAGACAGAGACUUGAGGUGUUUGGGCGUGCCAUUGCUGCCCGGCAAGGGCUCCUCAGCCCUCCCAAUCUGUUCUGCAGCCAGCCCACUUCCUUUUUCAGUCAUUCUAGAGGAUACCUCUGUGCCUAAUACAUGGUAGCCUGAGACUUUGGAAGGUGAAGUCAAACAUAAGAGACUUUGUAUCAACCCUCCAUCUUCUCUCAGAAAUGAACCCCACUCAAGGAGGGGGCAUGUGGAAGCCAUCAUGGAAGAAGCCAUGCGAUGCCAGUCCACUGGCAUGUUGGGUCUUGAACCUCUGGAGAUACAGUACCACAAAGGAUGUGUGCCAACAAGAGAUAGCCAGGGCUGGCCUGAGAGUCAUGGAGUACAGAAGAAAUGGGACUUUGUCCCACUUCCCAAGUCCAAAGAGGGUUUAGGCCACAUGCCCCAAUUUUGUUUCAGAAAAUAUGGUCAGAAGACUACAUGUAGUGUGGGAAUGAAGUAAGACUUGGUGCCCAACCUCCAAGAACUCUCACACAGACAGGAUUUGGGGAUCCUUGUCAGGUGAUGCAGGCCUUAGUUGCCGAGCAGUUUCUACUCAUCCUAGAACUUUAUUCUCAAGGUGGACCAUUAUAAGAGACAAAUGGAAGGUGGGGGGAUCCCAUUCCGUCUUAAUUAUACCCCAAAUGUGGACCUCCCCAACAGACGAAGACAUCAUCUAGCUCUAGAGCUCAACAGGACCUCCAAGGAAGGAUAUCUACAAAGAGUGAGCAUGGCAUCAGCAUCUCAGUAUGAGUAGCAAGUGUUCUGUUCUUCACAGCCAACUUCAGGCACCCAAAUCCUGUGUCACUGCACCUGGGGUAUCCUGGAAAUGCUUGUUUCUGGGGAUUAUUUUAAAACAACCAGCCAAGAGAAAGGUGGGGAUGUUUACAUCUUUUUUGAAAAUAAAGGGAGAUUUUUAAUAAAUAUA